AUCACAACGGGAAACGGGAUAGCGACGGGAUCGCAAACAACAAGGAUCGGGAUCCCACCGGGAUCGUAAUCCUCCCGGGAUCGUGAUCCAACUGAUGGGAUCCCGUUUCGAAUCCCGAUCCCGUUUACUAAGUAUAAAAUACGUAUGGAGUUUUAUAGGAACAUGUUCUUUAUUUUAAGAGUAAUCUUCACCGGGAGAUGUCGUUGUUAGCAACAUGCCACUUCCGGGCCAAUGUUUGUAUGUGAUCUAUUCCAGAAUAGUCCCGUACUUUCUCUAAUUGUAUGUUAUUAAUUUUUUACAGUAACAGUGAUACGCAGAACAGACAGACGUGAUCACUGUUAGAAAAUAUAGGAUGGCAAAGUGGGGAGAAGGUGAUCCAAGAUGGAUUGUAGAAGAUCGCCCAGAUGCAACAAAUGUAAAUAACUGGCAUUGGUAAGCAGCACUUCUUUGUCAAUUCAGCCGGGUUAGAAAAGCAUGCCUGCGUCAGUCAACUGUGACAUGAUUAGUUACUAUUAGUCAUUAGUACUAUUAUUAGGCUAAAUAAUUCAUUAACUUAAUUAAAAACUUAUUACACGGCCGCUAUCUUGGUUGCCACGCCCCGUGAACUUUUAUAAUUCACUGUCACUAAAACUAAAUGAAUGCCCUAAACCUAACCUGAACCCUAAAUAAAUGAAAAUGUUUCCCUUAGUCUAAAAAUGGCACCAAUUCUCUGCAUUAGCCCUUUGUAGGGACCUCGGUGUCGACCGGAAAUACCCGAAAAACGGUUAUCGAAUUUUCGUUGUCAUAAUGGCGACCUCUACUUUUUAAUUAACUGAGGGUAUCAUUGUUUCGCGUUUUAUAAUCGAUUUUAGCAUAAUAAUAUAAUUUUACUUCCGACAAUUACUUAAAGCGGACAUCUUUCCUGUUAUAUAAAGAGUGCGUUUGAUUUUUGGCAGUGUCGCGCCGGACGUCUAUCUCCCGCACUAUGUGUCCGCGACCAAGUCACAUGACCGCAGUAACAAAGUGGCGAGAGAUAUCUUGUCGGUCAGCCUUGUCACGUGACUGCGAAUAAUUCAAAACUAUUGUUAAUUUUAAAAUCUAUUUCUCUACCAAGUAAUGUACUGAGUAUCUUGAAUGCAAAUAAUAGAAAAAAAAACUUAAGUGAAAGUGGCUUGUAAACAUUUUUGUUUAGUUUGUUAUUUGAGUUUGUGUACCAGUAAUCCAUAAAAUAAAUUAGGGGCCAGUGUGGAGUAGGCGUAGGCAACCAAUAAAAGUUAAAGUAAAAGAUUUCAUUUUAAAUUAUUUCAAUUGCUACAAAAUAUGUAAAAACUUCUCAUGAAACUACUGUUGCUGAGGAACAUGUUAAUAUAAAUAUAUACAAAAUAUUUUUAAUUAAUAUGGGUAGAAAAAAAACGACCCUAUCCCCGGUAUAGAUCCUCAAACCUUCCUAUCGUCAAGCAACCACUCUACCACAAGACCACACAAGUUGUACCAUACCGUACUUCGUUUGGAAUUAUAAAAACUACUAGUCGUCCGGCCAUGUCUGGCGGUCACGUGACAAGCCGCCGGACGUAUAUCUUGCGCUCUACAUGUCCGGCGCAUUUUUCGUUGAUUUUUUGGGUCAAGAUUAAAGCUUUGAAAAUUGAAGUUAAAAAUUGGUCAACUUCACUCAAGAAUAACUUUUUUUUUAAAAUGCGCUCAAUAAUAAAAAAAAACUCCGCUCAUAUAAUUUAUAGGUUCAUUUACAACAUAUCCAAAAUUCAUGAGUGUAGACCAUGGGUGGGCUUCAAAAAACGAAUUUCCAAUAUGUCAUUUUUUAAGGCUAUGUAAUUUAUCAUCAUGGCCACCUUGCUUGUCUGCUUAUUUAACUUAUUUCCAAUUAUCGAAAGCAGCCGUGGGGUAAUUAAUAAUUCAUUAAGUUGGUUAUCCAGAGUGUAAAUGGGAAAUAUAACUAAUAAUAAAUAAUUUUAUAUAAAUAAAAAAUGUUUUAUAACAUAAAUAAUUAUUAUUGGCUUAUUGAAUAUCGGUGAUUUUAAUGUUUGGGUUGGUUGCCAUGGACCUGGCUGACACUGACAUGGGAAUGAUGAGCUCUUGUCUUUGACUUAGAUAGUGAUAGGCUUAGUAAAGGUAUUAUAAUAGUAAUUACACUAUUAUAAAUGAUUUAAGGAUUCGGAUAAAUAGUUUUUAUUACAACUAAUAUAUUUAUCAUUUAUAUUAGUUUAUAUAUUUAUAGAUAAAUAUUUAUUUGUAUAUAUAUAUAAUGACUAUAGGCUAUAGGCCUUGUAUACAUAUAGUAUAAUACAAAUUAUACUAUAUCAGGGUUAAGGCCUAGACCCAACCCAACUAAUUUGUAGGGCCUAUUAUAAUGAAUUAUAUUUAAUUAUAUUUUAGGAUAUGUAAUACAAUUUUAAAUAUGAUUCUUACUUAAGGCAUAAACUAAGUAAAACAUUUUAAAAUAUUCACUUACCUUUGGUAUUGAAAUAUCCUAUAUUUAAUCACAAUAUUCCACAAGAGAAUUAUUAUAUAAUCCUAGGUUUCUCAAAGAAAAAAAACCACUUUCUGGCACUACAAUCCAAGAAUUACUUAAGAUAGUAUUACUAAAGAACAAUCAUAAAAACCUGGAUUUACCUCUAGUAAAUGACUAGAACUUAUUUUAUUAACAGCUAAAGUCAAAGUUGAUUCUAAUGAUACAUGUUGAUUUGUAAAACAAGAUUACAAACUUAAAAUAAAUGACAUGCUGAUUGUUUUGUCAUACUCAUAGGAAUAAUAUAAUAUAUAGUAUACAUAUGUAGAAAAUGGUAAAAUAAAAAGUGUAAUUGUCAAUUUUAAAUAAAGAAAACAAAUAAUCCCUUUAAUAUUUGUUUAUGCUUAUAAAUGCUAAGCAAUUCCACAGAAAAUCUGCAAUUACUAUCUAAAGAAUAUUAUUAUUAUUAAGAUUUUUAGGAAAUUAAAAACAAAAUUUUAAUUAAUUAAUUACAAAUAAGUGAUGAGUCGGCAUUUUUAUACAUUUUUAAUAGGCAAAUAAUAAAGUUUUUUUUUUUAAUAUUUGCGGCACAUUAACAAAAACUAACAUAUAUUUUGUGGCUUUAUUUAGAAGUACUCUUAUUUAACUAUGUUCCCUGUAAAUAUUAUAUUUUUGUCUCAUUUUAUAAUAAAUCUAUAGGCGUUAAAAAAAAAAAGCAAAAUGAGGGUCACAAAAUGUGGAGGAAAAUCCCAUAUUAAAAAAGUGGUUUUGAGGUCCCUACUAAAAAAUUCAUAACUUUUGAACCACAUGAGCUAGAAAGAGGAUCUUGGUGUUUUUGUAAUCUAUUCUCCAGGCUCUAUACAGCUGUAGUAUUUUUAUAUUUGUAAAAAUGUUUUGAAAUUUUCAUCAAAGUGGCUACCCUUUGGCUAAUUUAAUACUACUGGCGUGAAAAUUUUGAUGAUUCCAACAUAAUCCUUUUAUUGAAGUUUAGUGUCCAAAUAUUUUACAGUACAGAAUGAAUCCAGUUCCUUUUGUAACUUUUUUCUUGUUGAAUAUUACAUAAUAAUUAUUAAUUAUUAGUAUUAGCCUUCUCUUUCACAAUUAUUACUACCACUACCAUGGCUCAGUUUUUUUAAUAAUUAUAUAAAUGUAGUGUGGAAAUGGGCAUCUGCGCCAAAAAAUCUUGAGUUUUUAAUUUUUCGAUGUGUGUGUCUAUUUAUUAUUAAAUGAGUACUUUCGACAUAUUUGAGUUCCAUUUCCGGCCUUAUAAUUUGGAAGACAUCUUGGCCUACAUUUCCAUCCAGCUAUUUUGCUUUUUUCAAUGGACCUUUAUUUUGAAAAUCUUUGUUACGGUAUAUAUAAAUAAAAGGCAUCUUCGCUUACAAAAUUUUUUGUGAAAUAAAAGGAACAUGUCUUUCAUUAUUAAAUCGUGUAAAGCAUUAGAUAUUGAAGUAUACGUGUGCCAAUUCUCAUUGAUUUAGGUCGUGUCCUACGUUUGUUACGCUUGUCCAAGUGACCCAUAUCACCAUAAGGUCGCUCAGCCUAAUUUCAACAUUGGCGUGGGCAACACUCCCUUUUUAAUGGCGGAAGUUGCUGAUACUUAGGAAAUAUUUAAUUAUUACCACUGUAUACAUCAAAAUAUUUGUUAACUUGUGUUUCAGAAUGCUUUUUAAAGACAUUUAAACUGGAAUGUUUUAAUUUGAGCUUUAAAAACCCGGUAGAGUCCAUAUCAUAAAUGAUCAGAAUUUUCCAUGCGCAACACGUUGUCAUUGGCAACCAUUCACAGCCACUUGCAUAGCGGCUAUAUCGUAGUUCUAUCUCAAAGUUUCAUUCAUAAGAGUUUGCCGUGUGCAAAAACUAUUAAACCAUUGGUCAGGAAAAGCUUUAAUUAAUUAUUCAUGUGCCAAAGUUGAAAGUUUUAAAAUAAGUCGACCCUAAACAGGGCUUUGGUGUUGCCUUAUAUAAACUGUAUAGUCAUUACGCAUGACGCGAUCAGCGAAAUGAGGUCACUGAAUGUGGAGAUGCAGUCAAUGUUAAGAAAGGACAAACCAAGUCUUACUUUAAAAAUUCAUAACUUUAAAACUACAACAGAUAAAAAUAUGAUUUUGAUAUUAUAAUUGUGUAAAAAAAUAAGCUCUAUUCAACUAUGCCAUUGGUUUAUUUUUACAAAAUGUUUAAAUUUUUGACCAAAGUACCUACUUUAAAAACUCAUUUCAGGGUAGAAAAGAAUGCUACUAAUUGGUCAAAAGAGAAAAUAAAGGAGCUUCUUUUGGGACUGAAAUUUGAAAAUGAAAAAGGUGAGUAUGAUAAAAAAAAUAUAUAUAAUAUAUUAAUGAUAGCUAGGGGUGUGCCGGAUCCGUUUUUUCCAACCGGAUCCGGAUUUUCUUAUGCGAAAUCCGCCGGAUCCGGAUUCCGGUUUCUCCCGGAUUCCGGAUUUUGGUACUAUUGGUAGAUACUUCGGUAAGUCAAGGUGGACUACUACUUUUUGUGUAUGGAAAUUCGCAAUCGGCGCCAAAAAAUCUGAGUUUUUAAUUUUCCGAUGUGUGUGUCUAUUUAUUAUUAAAUUAGUACUUUCGAUAUAUAUUUGAGUUCCGUUCCAUUUGGAUAAGUGUCUUACGAGAGACGCCAUGUUUCUACGCGUUCGCAGCAGGUUAUGCAGCUCGCUCAACCUAAUUUCGCCAUGGGGUUGGCCACGCCCCCCUUUUUAAUGGCGGAAGUUGACGAUACUUAGGAAAUAUUAAUUUAUUAUCACUAUUUACAUCAAAAUAAUUGAUAACUUGUGUUUCAGAAUGCAUUUAAAGACAUUUAAACUGGAAUGUUUUAAUUUGAGCUUUAACAACCCGGUAGAAUCCAUAUUAUAAAUGAUCAGAAUUUACCGUGUGCAACACGUUGUCAUUGGCAACCAUUCACAGCCACUUGCAUAACUGUAUCGUAGUACUACCUCAGAGUUUCAUUCAUAAGAGUUUGCCGUGUGCAAAAACUAUUAAACCAUUGGUCAGGGAAAGCUUUAAUUAAUUAUUCAUGUGCCAAAGUUGAAAGUUUAAACUAAGUCUAAACAGUAUUUUAGUGAUAAGGCAGGGAAUGCGUUGCCUUAUAUAAACUAUAUAGUCAUUGCGCAUGACGGGAUUGGUGGAAUGAGAUCACAGAAUGUGGAGAUGCAGUCCAUGUUAAAAAAUGACAAACCAAGUCGUACUUUAAAAAUUCAUAACUUUAAAACUACAACAGCUAAAAAUAUGAUUUUGGUGUUAUAAUUCUUUAAAAAAUUACAUCUUUUCAACUAUGCCAUUGGUUUAUUUUUACAAAAAGUUUAAAUUUUCUUAUCAAAGUCCCUACACUAUUGGCCACUAUUAGCGGUGCUGACUCUAGCCUCUGGUAUGUACGGAAUAUUAAACAUUAAACAAGCUCAACGCUCGAAACAAUCGAUUAAUGUAUCGUGAUCGUGUGAAAUUCGGGAAAGAGAAUUACUUUUAUUUCAGAUUAUGAUCCGGUGAGUCACAAAAUCUGGCAAAUUCCGAAAUCCGGUAUAUUCCGGAAUCCGGUUGUUCCGGAUACAUGUAAAUCCGGCGGAACCGGAUUUCACCGGAUAGUGCAAAAUCCGGCGGAACCGGAUUCCGGACCGGGGUCCGGCACACCCCUAAUGAUAGCCUAAUGCAUACAAAAUAAUGACAUAGUGAUUUUAUUUUAUUUUUUAAGUGGUGGGGGUAGUUAAACAAGACAUUGUAAUUUUUUCACAGAUUAUAUAUAGGUCAGCUUAUUGUUGAGGAUGAUUGGCAGUUUUAUUUGUUUUAGGCUAAGUUUAUCAGAGAGAUCAUAGUUUAUUUCAAGUCAUGAUUAACACUUUUUUGUGUAAGACUCUUUUUCAAUGUCAAUGCUGUUUUUUUUAUAAUAAAAUGUAAUUUUGAUAUAUUCAGGUAUAUGUGAAAUCAAAGAAAUCAAUAGCAUUGAAGGAGAAGCAAGUGCAAAUAAUCGGAAAGCCAAGCUAAUAUUUUUUUAUGAGUUUGAAAUUAAAGGAGAAUGGUCUGGUAAGUAGAAUAGAUUGCAUUACUUAUUGCUGUUAAGGUUAUUGACUUCUAAAAUCCAACUUUUAGUGACCGUCCACUAGCAACACUAAGGAAUACAGAGCAACAACUACACUACAAGAGUCUCUUUCUCUCUCCGCACUCUACUUUCGUCCCACGGUCACACACCAAUUAUUCAAAUCAUGUUUAUUAUUCUUAAUCUCUGGACAAAUUAUAACAUUUCACCCAAGCUCACUAACGAGCCACAGGUGAACCAGAUCAUAACAGUUCUGCUGUGCCUUUUUUAAAACAAAUUUUGGCAAACCCUAAAACACAGGAUAUUUUUUUGACACAACUCCAUUUUACUGACACAAACUGACCCAUAAUCCUGGUGCAAUAAAAGAAAAUUAUUAUAAAAGAAAACAACCACAUCAAAAAUUGAUGUUUCAAAUAAGAAUAUUAUGAAAUUAUUUUAACAUUAUUUAAACACAGGUUAAGUAUACUUUUUCAAAAUCAUUUUUUUUUUUUUUUUGUUAAAUGAUUACGCUGGCUAACCUAUCAGAGACCUUCCAUGACCCCAUUUGGAGUCAGAAAGCAUGGCCUUAAUAUUAGUUGAUAGCCUUAACCAUUCCAGAUUGUAUUCCAUAAUUUGAGGUUGUUUUUUUUUUUACAAGAUUCAUAUUUCUCUCUCCCCUAGGUAAUGUGACAGCAUUUUAAAAUCUUUCUUUUUUUUUUACAGGAAUGCUAAAAGAUGAUAUUAAAUCGUACAAAGGAAAGUUUGUGAUACCUAAUCUUAGUGAAGAAAAUGAUGCUAGUGAAAUUGAUGUAAGUUGCUAACAUUUUCAUUUGACUUAUUUUCAAUUAAUUAAUUCAGUCAACCACAUUUAUAAUAGGCAAGAUGUGUUUACAUGUGUUAAUAUUUAUGAAUUAUUUAAUUGUGGUAUUAAAAGGUGUCAUUUUGUGAGUAGAUAUAUUACCAUUAGUUUUGGUAUAAAUCAUAUUAUUUGUUACAAUCCUAUUUACUCAGGUCAAUGUUACUGCUGACCAAAGUUGCAAUGAAGCCCACCAAAUAAAAGAUAUUUUUAAAGCUGAAGGAACUAAACGCAUACAAGCUCAGUUGGCAAAAUACAUAACGGAUCUCAAAACAGGUAUUCAAUGCUCAUUUUGUGAUAUGGGAAACUAGAUAAAAGUAAAUUUGAUUUUUAUUUUGUCACAUUUGAUUUCUCAUGUUAUUAAAUUCAACGAAUGGGCUAAAACUUGGAAAUUGAAUGUUAUUCUUCAAAAAAGUGUAUCAUUGCUAUUAGCUAUUUAUUAAAUUUUUUUAAAAUUCAUUUACGGUACUUCAAAAUAAAGCAUUAUCUCAUAUUUUUCUGCAGAGUAUGGUUCUAAUAUAAUUCUUCCUACCAAAAAUAGUGACCAGAAUCAAGGCCUCCAGCCAUCACAAUCUAUUAACAAUAAAGAGGUAAUGAACAGCUAUGGAAUUUAAUUGACAUUUAAGUAAAAUUUUACUUUAAAAAAAAUAAAUUUCAGGUUUAAGCUGUAUAAAUGACCAUGGUUCUUUGCUCCCAAUGUUUUUUUUUUGUAUACUUUUCAGAAUAAACCCAAACAAGAACUGAACAAAUUUAUAACUUCAGACACUAGUAAAAGUGCAGACAUAGGAGUCAAAAUUCCAACAAAAACCCUGACAAUGACAGAAUCUUUCAACUGUCAGGCAUCUGAUCUGUACAGAGCAUUGACUUUUAAACCGGUGAGUUCAUCAUUAAACAUUUAUUUAUAUGUAUUUUUAGUGAAAAGAUUUUAAACAAUUCUUAGUUUUUAGGAUUAAAGUAUUUUAAUUUUAUUUAAAUGUCUUAACUUUGUGCAGGUACUUAUUUUUAGCUUUUGGAAGUAAUUUUUCAUACCUAAGGGAAGUAAUAUAAAUAUAAAAAUUUUUACAAAUAAGUAAAUUUGAUCAAAUUUGUUUGGUUUUUUUAUAGAUGACUAAUACUAACUAAAAGAAUAAUUUUUAAAAAUGUAUAUGGCAAUGAUACUUUUUAAAUUAUAGCAACAAAUUAAAAGAAUGCCUUAAAUUUUUUUCUCAGAUGGUUGAAGCCUAUAUGGGUAGUGGUAUUGUAUUUGAGCCUGUUAAGGGCGAAAAAUUUUCUUUGUAUGGAGGAAAUAUUACUGGAGAAUUUGUGGAAUUGGUAAGUUACCUUAGCUUUAACUCAUUCCCUAUGGCAGUGCUACUUCCGUACUUAAUUUAUUUGCCUGAGGAAGGGAAGUAACUCGGUUUUGCAAUUGAUUUACAUUUGUAAAAUAUUUUUUUAAGCUGCUAAAUAUUACUUAAUGUUAAUGAAUUAAGAACAAAGGCAUAAAUGAAUAAGGUUUAAUAUAAAUAUAACAUUAGCGGUGAAAAAAAAAACAACAAUGACCAAAAAACCGAUUUUCGGCAUCUCGGACGUGAACACGCUAUAUAUAGACGCACCGUACUAAAGUACACGUAGUUUUAAAGUGAAACAAGAUAAAAACUUUCGUUUUUUAAAUUGAUAUCACGCUAAAACACGACAUUGCCGGAAGUGUAGAAUGAUGCAAGAUUUCUUUGUUAUUUUUAAAUAGAAAUGGGAGAGGUGCUAUGGGCCUGGACGCAUUUGGACUCAUCCACCGAAACCCCCAAAAGCUGCAUUUAGUCGCAACCCUGGAGAAGGAGUUAACACCCGUCUUGUUUUUUUUUUUUUUACUUGAUAAAAACUUUUACCCUCGACAUCCCCAUAACACAAUGCAUUGUAAUCUUAUUUUUUUAUAAAUUCCAACAUUUUUUGUAACAAUAUUAUUUUGAUUACCAGAUACCUGACCAGAAAAUAACUGAAGGAGUUAACACCCGUCUUGUUUUUUUUUUUUUUACUUGAUAAAAACUUUUACCCUCGACAUCCCUAUAACACAAUGCAUUGUAAUCUUAUUUUUUUAUAAAUUCCAACAUUUUUUGUAACAAUAUUAUUUUGAUUACCAGAUACCUGACCAGAAAAUAACACAGAGAUGGAGAGUUAAAUCCUGGCCACCUGAACAUUACUCGGAAGUAACAAUUGAGCUGACAGGGACUGAAGGAACAACCACAUUAAAUCUGAAGCAAUCUGGGAUCCCGGGAGCUGAGUUAGAUAAAACGAGAGAAGGGUGGAGAGAAAAUUAUUGGAAUAGAAUGAGACAGAUAUUUGGUUUUGGUGGGAGAAUAUUUUGACAAUCAUGGCAUAUUAUUUUAUAUAAUUUUUCCAUCUAUCGUUCCAUACGGCAAACCUGUUUCUAUAGAUAUUUAUUCACAAGAUUCAGAUUUCAUGAAGCAAAUUUUAUAAAUUAUCCAGGCUGCAUUUAGGUUUAGGGUUUUAACUAAUGUAUGGACUUAAAUUUAGUCGAGCCUUAUUUAAAUUUUGGAUACAGCUGUUAUUUCUCUUUUUCAUUUUUUUUUGUUGUAAAUAAAUGUUGCAGUGCAAGAAAAUAAAAGAAAUAAAAACUAUGUCUUUUUUUAAAUUUA